AAUUUCUUCCCCUACACGUAACCUAAAACCGUAAUUCUAUGAGUUUGGAGUUUGUGUGUUGUGAAUUAUAGUUUUGUGCGUUUAUUGUUAGAGAUCGGAUAGGUUUAUAGUUAGGUUUCGGAUUGUGUAAGUUGAAAUUGUUGGAUAAUUGUGAGCUAGGGUUUUGGAGUUGAAAUUGGAUCAGUAUUGAUGUGGAUUUAGCGUAAUUUUGCAUAAUAUGUAGAGGAAUUUGAUGAAUUGAGUAGUUUAGAACUAGUAUGUAACAUCCGGCCGGCCUUGAGUGACACCGGUACUACUCGCACCUGAGCACACUUAACGCAUUGGUGAUAUUUGAGGCGCGGAAUUUCUUAUGGCCCGGUAUCUCUCUUGUGGACAGAACAGAACGAUAUACAGUCUGAAUUGUGCCAUUUGAGAGUAACAUUGCUGCGAAGUUGACGUUAGUGAUAGCAAACAGUUAGUUGCAAUCAUCAUGCCUGAAAGUGGAGCAAAAGCACAUCCCGUUAACAGCGGGAAAACCGUCCAAUCAGCAUGGUUGACACAUUGGGCAAGAGCAAGUCCCGAAACGAGUAAGCACGAUCAUUUAACUCAGAUUAGUAGAAGCGAAGGAAACGAUUUACACGAUCAUGAUUUCAAGAACCACCCGAGUGGAGUCGAAAUAGCAUCUGAUAAUUUCGGAUUUUCCAAAGAUGCAGAUUUGACCAUGAGUUUAGUGAAGCCAACUACUCAAUCCUUUCCGUUUUUCAAACUUGGUCAGGAAACCGGGGAGUUAAAGGAAGGAACGCCAGCGUUAGGGCCGCAAGUUCCGGACGAAAAGUUGACCCACGGUUUUAAUCUCGAAACUUCAUCAAGAGAAAGCCAUCUUCAACCGACAGAGCAGGUGAAAUACCACAUGUUUUUCGGUGAAAGCAGCUACAAGCUCGACAACCACACAUCUUACGAACCCGAAAAAUUCCGCCACAUGUCGGCUGCUUUUGCGUCCAAACCAAAAACCGAAAAGUCAGAAAUGCCCUCGUUUUCAGGACACAAGAACGCAGCCUUGAAAACCGACCCUUCUACAAGCAGCCACCAUUCACAAGCACUUAUCGAAGAACAAUACAAACGAAUGCAAAAACAUAUCGGAAUGGGAUUCUUUCCACGUCAAACCGGUUCCCCACUACAUAGCAACUCACAAUACUCACUUCAAAAUGGGCCCCAUUUUGUUCAUGACGUAGAGAUGACUAGGAUGGCAGGUGGCCUCCACAGUUUUUCUCGAACAACUCACAGUUUAUUGAUCACAAAACAGACUGACGUUAAAGUGUAUCAAGAAAGCCAGUUUUUUAGAGAAUCUCGAGCAUCCACUCAACUGAAAGGAGAAGUUUUCAAGGAGCUAAGCAGCCAUCCGCAUUUUGGUCAAAGUCAACAAGGCGUAAAGCUUCAACUUUUGGAUUCAUCUGAUCAUGAAUCACAGGAAAACGUUGAAGCUUCUGGAGAUGUUCAGAAAAACGAGUCUUCAGCUGAUACCGACACCAUGGAUAUGGAAUCUUAUAAGGAGAAUCAUCUUUCUGGUGUACAAUCGUCGACGCCAAAUAAGGACAUUACGGUGGAAUCAAAUACAGAGAAACAUAAAUACAGAAAGCGUAAGAUAGAACUACCCGAUAUAAACUUAGAGGUUUCUGCUCAACCAGCUGCAUCAAGCUCAACCGAGAAAGCCGAGCCGGGCACUUCAAGAACUCAAAGUCUAGACAUGAACACGCUACACUUGAACCUUGACCAAACAACCAACUCAAACUCAAACUCAAACGAAUGCUCAAACAGCAACCCGGGUUCAGAUCCCGGAAGCAGAUGGAUCAAACGCCUUAAAUUAACCGAAACACCUUCACAUGGAAGACUUAGCAGAUUCUUCACCACAGUCCGAGUCAUGGAAGGUAAACCAGAACCCGUGUUGGAUGGUAAAAUGCUAGAAUCUUUGACGGGGCGUAAAGUUUCAGAAUUUGAGAUGGGUGAAUCGUCUUCAGCAGACACAAAACGCGAUUGUAAGGAGAUAACGCUUUCGCAUUCUUGGAUUCGAAGGUGGAGUCAUAAACAGAACCAGAAGAAUCCUGAGAGGUCAGGAACUUGCCAGAUGGAUAAUUCGAAAUCGGAAAUGGAGGAACUUGAGAAAAAACAGUUUCCGAGUAUAGCUGCAAUGGCUCUAAUGGGUAAGGCCAUGACUGGAUUUAGACAGUUUAAGUUGCAGAAAAAGGAAUCGUUUGUUGUUUGGAAUACCAAGGCUUUCGAUUAGUUGAUAUCUAGGAGUGUAUUUUGCCAGAAAAUCAAGAAUUAGUUAGUUUUGAUAACUUGAUUUUGGCUUUAAUCAGUGUGUGGAUGUUUUUAUCAAGUAACGGUUAUGUUUUCUCGUUAUAAAGCUGCUUGUUUUCACUGGAUUU